AGCAGCAACAGCCAUGUCCAACAACAUGGCCAAGAUCGCGGAGGCCCGCAAGACGGUGGAACAGCUGAAGCUGGAGGUGAACAUCGACCGCAUGAAGGUGUCGCAGGCGGCGGCCGAACUCCUCGCCUUCUGCGAGACGCACGCCAAGGACGACCCGCUGGUGACGCCGGUACCCGCCGCGGAGAACCCCUUCCGCGACAAGCGCCUGUUUUGCGUACUGCUCUGAGUCUUCCUGACCGCUUACCCUCCCCCGCCAAACUAUGGAUCCAAUA